AUGCAUGAUGUGCGCACGUGCGUAUGUGUGUGUAAAUGCUCGGAGAAGUGUGACAAACCAGACGCUGUCACUUAUGGAGCCUGCAACAAAGUGACCUGCCUACAAUCUGUGCGGUUGACCAAAUACCGUGAAGUGCAGGGUAAUUGCGUUCCCUUCUUUUCGGUUGCCAAUAGUGUCUGCUGCCUGCCCAAAAAUAAGGUGACCAAGACCUGCGACAAGAGGACAGGACAGUUGGUCACCAGGACAGUGGAGUACAGCCUGAAAAGCAGCUUGAUCCUUAAGUCUUUAGCGCGCAAAGUCUCUGUUGAUUCCAAAAGACCGGUCUGCAAUCCGGUAGUCGUGAGUGCAGAGGCCUGUAACAAGCUUAAUCCUAGCACAAAACGAAUAACAUCAACCAUAAACAGACUUAACACCGCAACAUGUGCCUGUAUCCAAGUUAAACAAACGCACAAGGAGGUACCUUGUACGUGUCCCCCGCCGAGGGUUGAAGGACCAAAAUGCUUCAAAGACUCAAAUGGGCGUGAACAGUUCGGCAUCCAGACCACAAAUUUCAGUCUGAUCAAGGAGCAGUGUAUACCCAACAGAGUGUUCGAGGUGAAACCGAUAAAGUGCGCCAUGCAGAAGAUCACGAAGUCGGCUUGCAGGUCGUGUAAACGGAGUGUUGUCAAGACGUAUCAUGAGCCGAAAGGCUGCAAGUGCAUCAAACGCCAGAUAGUAGAAAAGGAGGCUUGCUGCUGUCCAAAAGCGGUUGUGAAAUAUCGAUGCAAACAGGACUCGAACAUGGAAGCUGAGGAGAUACAAAAUGUGCUUAAAGAAGGAAAGUGCGUGAAAACUGCAAAUCUCUAG